AAAUUAGCAAACAUGUCGACAGCAGUUCCAUUUGUGGCUAAUUCCAGUGGCGGCGGUGGCGCUGGCGGCGAUAGUGACAUUGUAUUGGCAGCCGCUUCGCGAGAUUUGACUGGAUCCCGUUUGUUCCAAUUCUACAUGGAGAGUUUUUUCAAAAUUCCCAAAGAUAUUAAAAAUGAUAUAAUCUAUUGCCAACGAGCACUGAAGGCUCACAUCAAGGUUCAUCAGAUGGUCUUGGAUGUGUUUCAACAGCAACCCGAUGCAGAUCCCCAACAAAAGAAACGCAUUAUAGAUGAGCUGGAAUCGGAAAUCUAUGAAAUCAAUGCUGAACAAAAUUUUCUUCUACUUCGUUUACGUCGUGUUAUUGAUCAAUUCUAUAAAAUGCUUAAAAAGAAUGGCAUACCAACAGAUGUCAAUGCCACCAAUGCUAUGGUUUCCAGUGAAAUUGUACCACUAAUUAGUGGUACCAAUGAGAUAGCACCCAUAACGGUGACCUAUCAACCACAGCAACAACAAGAAAUGAUGUCAAUGAUGGCCUCACCACCAUCUCCUCCAACGCAACAAAUGCGUCAUAAGGAACCACCAACAUGUGUGGAAAUUAUCAAUUUAGAUGAUGAUGGCAAUAUUUUGGAACAAAUUGCCAAGACCCAACAGCAAAGGCAGAGGGGUCAAAAACGUGAAUAUCCCAACAAUAGCAGCGGCAGUGCCAAUACAAAUGGCGGAGAAAGUUUAUUGAAGAAAUUUGAAAUGGUUGUGACAAGUGCAUCGUCGAGUCCAUCACAAACUUCGCUAUUGAAACCCAUGAAUCAACGUGUAGCCAAUGAAGUGGUGCCGCCACCACAAGUAGUGGUCGAUGUGAAACCCAAAAUUGAAAAGGCUACCACAUUGGCUGAUAUUUACAAUCAACGUAGACAGGAGAAGGAAGAGGAACAGCCGGUGUCCACAAAUGUAAAAAUGAGUCGUAUGAAUUUGAGACAGGCCUUAAAGAGAGCCCAAGCAGCUGUUCGCGGACCAGCAGUUGUGACAGCACCAGCUCCAACUCCAGUAACACUACCUCCACCACCACCGCCACCACCUCAACCCGUGGCUGUGGUUCCGACCAAACCACCUGCUACCAAGGGUAGACCAUCAAAGGCUUCCAUUGCUGCUGCCGCCGCUGCAGCAGCCGCAGCUGCUAAGCUACGCAAAUCACCUGAAGUGUCUUCUUCCUCGGAAGAAGGUACACCCGAAAGGGGUCCCACACCACCGCAUGCCUAUUGGCCAGAUGAAUUGGAAGAAACUCGAACCAAGGCUGAAGAAUAUGGCCAGGAAAUGUUUUUGAGAAUAUUUGAUUUAUUUACACCUGAGAUGUAUGCCCAUAUGCAGCAAAGGCGGUCCAAACGUCGUCGUCGUUGUGUUCAAAAUAACAGUUAUCACUAUGGGGCCUCUGGUACCAAUUACCACGAACCCGAGGCGAAAAAGAAACGCAAAGCUUUUCUAUUGUCACCACAAGUUAAGAAAGCCAUACCCAACAAACGCAAUAAAAGGCGUAGUGCUGAUAAUGCUUCCGAUGUUAAUUCCGCACCACCAUCACGUUCAGCUUCCAGUAGUCCACAAGAAGAUAAACGCACUUGUAAUGAAUGCUUCAAGGGUGGCUUCAUUCUCGAGCAAUGUGAACAAUGCAAAUCCCACUAUCAUCCCCAGUGCCAACGUGAAGAAGAUGCACCC